UUGGCGGGCACUGACAGUUAAAUGGGAAAACAAUACAAUACCAUACAACAUUUAAUGACGAAAAUGAUGCACACAGCAAGAACCGUAUAUUUUGUGACAGCCAUGAAAUACCGUAAAGUAUGGUCCCCAUUUCCCAUCCAUUCCCUCAUUCCUCUCCUCCAUUUUCGUCUCGAGUUCUUUCUCUCUGAAACAACCCAUCAUUUAUUUUUCCUUUUUUUUUUCUUUUACUGUAUUAUCUUGUUUGUUUUCCUGGAAUUUGAUCUCAUUCAGACGGUUUUGGCAUCGAGAUUUUGCAUGGAGGGUCAAAUGUGAUCUUGAAUUUCCUGAUUGUGGAGUGUGAAUGUAGUUUUCUGUCAGGAUUCGUCUGGGAUUUUGUUAAUUUUGUUUUUCGAGAUUGAGGGUUGGAAGUGUUCGGGUGGGAGGAAUAAGAACGAUUCAUGAGAUGAACAGGGUGUAAGGAUUUGGAGUAUAUGCAGGAGGAAAAGAUGUAUUUCGCGAAAUUAGAUGAUUCGCCGAUGUUUCGGCAACAGAUCCAAUUAAUGGAAGAAAGUGCUGAGACAUUAAGGGAAAGAAGUGUUAAGUUUCAUAAAGGAUGCCGAAAAUAUAUAGAUGGGCUUGGAGAGGCAUAUGACAGAGAUAUUGCUUUUGCAAGCGCCCUUGAAACUUUUGCAGGAGGACAUAAUGAUCCAAUAUCUGUAGCAUUUGGAGGCCCUGAUAUGGCAAAAUUUGCGAUUGCACUGCGAGAAAUUGGAACUUACAAGGAAAUUCUUCGGUCACAGGUAGAGCAUGUGCUAGAUGACAAACUUUUACACUUUGCUAACACUGAUCUUCAAGAUGUCAAGGAUGCCCACAAGCGCUUUGACAAAGCCAGUGUUGUUUAUGACCAGGUUCGUGAAAAGUUUCUGUCCUUGAGGAAAAGUACAAGGUUGGAGAUAGCUACUGCCCUAGAGGAGGAGCUUCACAAUGCAAGAUCAACUUUUGAGCAAACACGCUUUAAUCUGGUUAGCGCCCUCUCUGCUGUUGAGGCAAAGAAAAGGUUUGAGUUUUUAGAGGCUGUUGGCAAUACAAUGGAUGCUCAUCUUCGUUAUUUCAAGCAGGGAUACGAGCUAUUGCAUCAAAUGGAACCUUAUAUUAAUCAGGUCUUGGCUUAUGCACAACAGGCCAGACAGCAUUCCAACUAUGAGCAGUCAGCUCUUAAUGGACGGAUGCAUGAGUACAUAAGACAGGUUGAUCAUGAGAAUCGACGGUCUUUCAGUAGAGAUCAUGGUUCUCAAAGUGGAGAUUCCGUAAAACCUUUUGCCAGAAGUUCCAAUAAAUUGAUAGAGGCCGUGAUGCAUUCCUCUACAGAGGGAAAGGUACAAACUAUUAAACAAGGAUAUCUCUCUAAACGUUCCUCCAAUUUGAGAGGUGACUGGAAGAGAAGAUUUUUUGUUCUUGACAGCCGGGGAAUGCUAUACUAUUAUCGCAAGCAGUGGAGCAGGCCAACAUUCCAUGGAACAAGCGGUCCGAUUCCCUCGCAUAGAAACGCUUCCUCUGAACAAGGUUCUGGGCUGUUGAGUCGGUGGCUUUCAUCUCAUUACCAUGGUGGUGUGCAUGAUGAAAAAUCUGUUGCACGUCACACAGUGAACCUGCUUACAUCGACCAUAAAAGUUGAUGCAGAGCAGUCUGAUCUGAGAUUUUGCUUUAGGAUUAUUUCACCUACGAAAAACUACACUUUACAGGCAGAAAGCGCAGCAGAUCAAAUGGACUGGAUUGAAAAAAUAACGGGAGUUAUCACUUCUUUGUUGAGUUCACAAGCACCUGAGAGGUUUUGUUUUAGCCCUGCUAGUGAAAAUAGUUCCUUUGGAAGUCCUGAUUGCAACCCAAGGACCAUCCACGAAUAUAAUCCAUCAGACAAAGAUCAUAAUAGUAGAAAUAUAAUUCGGGUAAGCAGAAGUUCCCUACAGCUUCAGUGCAACUUGAAUAACGAGAAGCCAAUGGAUGCAUUGAAGAAGUUGCCUGGAAAUGAUAAAUGCGCUGACUGUGGUGCCCCUGAACCAGAUUGGGCUUCCUUGAAUCUUGGAAUUCUUAUAUGCAUCGAAUGCUCUGGCAUUCAUCGGAAUCUUGGUGUGCAUAUAUCAAAGGUAAGAUCGUUAACACUUGAUGUGAAAGCGUGGGAACCUUCUGUCAUUGCUUUGUUUCAGGCACUGGGUAAUGUCUUUGUCAACUCAGUAUGGGAAGGAGUCUUGCGAGCAAGUAGAACUGUUCAGGCAGAUGAAAUACCAAUACGGACUUUUGAAUCUGAUAAACACAAACAGUUUUUUUCCAAACCACAUCACAAUGAUCAUAUAUCGGUCAAGGAGAAGUUCAUUCAUGCAAAGUAUGCAGAAAAACAUUUUGUUCACAAAAUAAAGGACAGUCAGCAUCUUCUUUCAGUUGCUGAACAGCUGUGGGAAAGUGUCCGUAUGAAUGACAAGAAAGCAGUGUACCGCCUUUUAGUCAUGUGGGAAGCAGAUGUUAAUGCAGUUCAUGGUCAAGCAUCACCUGUUGCAUCAUUAACUUUAGCCAAUGUGAUGAGAUUGCAUGAGAAAGCAAAUCCUGACGAGAACUUUCAUGGUAUAGAUGUUAGUACAUCAAAGUCCUUGGGCUCACAAGAAGAUGACAAGAACCCUUUUGUUGACGAGAUUUAUAAUGGUUGUUCCUUGCUUCACCUUGCCUGUCAAACUGCUGAUAUUGGCAUGGUAGAACUUCUCCUGCAGCAUGGGGCAAACAUCAAUUUUCGUGACGCAAGGGGUUAUACACCGCUACAUCAUAGCAUUAUAAGGGGCAGAACUGGAAUUGCUAAACUGUUAGUUGCCAGGGGAGCCAAUCCAGAAGCAGCUGACAAUGAAGGUAGAACUCCUUUUCAGCUUCUUGCAGAAUCAGCCAUUGAUGAUGUCGAGCUCCUUGCUCUCAUGAAACAUGCAAAUAGAUAGCAUUAUUUGCGAAAAUCAAGUUACAUAUACCGAAGAGCAGAGCUUAAUUCAGUUGGGGUUGGCUGAUUAGCUUGGUGCAUGACCCCACAGGUCUUUCUACCAGAAAGGGACGAUUCUUCACCACACCGACAUUAUGAAUUGAGGUGUUGAGAAACUAAAUGAUUUUGUUUCUUAGGGAUCUCCCGGAGGGUGAAGAGAUAAAGUGAUAGCCCACUUGCUGAUCAUGCUUUGUUCGACCCUGGGAGAUUACUGUUUUUAUGGUACAAGAGACUUGAGGCCAUAUUUAAGAUGCGCCUUUAUUUAAAUUCCUGACAUUUCAGAUAAUGUAGAGUAGGCAAUUGCAAUUCUAUGUUGUACAUGACUGCUAAAUUAUUUUAUCAUUAAACGGAAAGAUAUUAUUUUGGCCAUAAACUCAAAUGAUGACAAGAUAUUAUUUUUAGGUAUUUCGGGUCUUUCUAUUGUCUCUUUUUC